GGAGGUUUUGCGAACAUAAUUCAGGUGUCGUUUGAGAUAGUGAGCAAAACAGCGGACGAGGCCUUCAACCCAUCGACCCGUGUAGAAAUACAUGAGUGUGAGUACUGGCAGUACGUGGUUUCGAAUCUGAGCCUGCUUACCUCCCGCCAUCGACUGGCCGGCGAAACCCGUUGCUCGCCCGAAAUGGCAACUGCAUUUUGUUUGUGGCCACACGCCCAUGCGUAAGGCAAAUAAGCUUGCGGGGAUAAAACCCCUCCCUGUAUAUCGUCUGUCUGGAAAUCUUCUGUCCCUUGCACCCACCAGCCUACCAGUAUAAUCGUUCCUUUCCCCCUCGCACGUACACUUCCUCACCGCGGAGUACCCUAUAAGCCGUUCCUCUCCAUACUCAUCGAAGAACCGUCAUCCACCAUGGCUGGAAAUCCGGAGGCCCCUGACUGGGACUUUGUGUUUCAGUUUGUUUCUGAGCCCUUGGAGUUGGACAUAGGGUCCGCGAUUGAAAAACCUGUGGCGGAACGGGCGGAACCGCCAAUUGGUACCAUGCUUGGUCAGGUUCCAACACCCCCUGAAUCUUUCGCCUCAUCUCCGGCGGACUCACCUCCAGACGAGACCACACUUGUAUCUGUGUCCACCACAUUCUUUCCUGGCGCACAGCUUCACUCACUUUCACCCGACCUUGUCCUACUGUCGUCGGACUCCGUUUUCUUCUACGUUCACCUGCAUAUCCUCCUUGCCGCAUCCGACAACAAUUUUAGCUCCCUGUUACCACCGUCUCCCAGAACAGAUUCUGGCCCCAUGGGACCCGUGGUCCCCUUUCCAGAAUCCUCCAUCGAAUUGAACAUCGUGUUACACGCUAUUUACGACUUAUCAUGUUCUCAUUACUCUCCAUCUUUCGAAUCCCUUGCGUCAGCCCUUGCAGUAAUGAAUACCUGUGGGAUCUCGGUCAAAAAGUAUGUCGCUCGAUCGACUCCCCUCUACAACCUACUACUAUCUCAUGCGCCACUUUAUCCCCUCGAGCUUUACACCCUCGCUGCGAGUUACGACUUGUACGACCUGGCUGUCCCCACUUCCUCCCACCUUUUAUCGUUCUCGCUUGCCGUGCUCACAGAUGAAAUGGUCGACCGCAUGGGUCCCAGGUACCUGAGACGUCUAUUCUUCCUACACUUCGGCCGAUCCGAUGCCCUCAAGCGACUACUCUUACCUCCACCACAUCCACAUCCUCCCACUUCGGCAUGCGAUUUCACGGAGCAGAAGAAGUUAACUCGUGCUUGGGCAUUAGCAUCUGCUUACCUUGCUUGGGAUGCUAGACCCGAUCUGUCCACAAGCACAAUGGAAUCGGCUCUCGCUCCGCUGGGAGAACAGUUGUCGUGCGAGCAAUGCAAACUGGCUCUGCAGGAGAGAUUGAAAACGCUGAUCGUGCAGUGGUCCGUUGUGAAGGUAUGCUUGUGCUUUGGUCUCUGGUUUUAUGCUGAAGGUCUCCAGAGAACGAUAUGACAUAUUCAUGCAUCGUCGCCCCCGCGUACGGUACUAUCGAAAACACAG